UGGCUACCCACCCACCCCGAAUACCCCGGGAUCCAGCCAGCCUCCCAUGCCCGGCAAUGGCCCCAGUGACUACACAGCUCCUCCAGGAGCACUGUCAGCAGCUGCUUACGUUGCAGCAGCAGCCACAGCGACUGCGACCGCUACAGCAACUGCCAGCAUGGUGGCCAUCCAGGAGCAGCAGAACCAGCAGCAGAUGAACAUCAACAUGCAGAUGAACAUGAACAAUCAAUAUGCACCUGGCAUGCAGAUGCCACCUGGUCAGCAUCAGUAUGGUGGACAGUACCCCCCAUCGAUGAUGAGUCAGAGGCACCCCAUGCCCAUGGUGGGUGGGUCAUGCCCAGGGCCGGGGCCGAUGAAGUCCACCAUGCAGUCAAUGUAUAGCAGACGGCAGACUCCAUAUCACAACCCUUAUGCACAGAAACGGCAGCCAAUGUAUCCAAAUGGAACACAGAUGGAU